AAAACGGCGUCGUAUCAAUCGUCGAUUUCACAACGACAGAUCUUUCUCCUCGCCGGCGUUACUCAACACAAGGCCUCUGUGUUUAUUGAGCCUCGUCGGAGAUUUUAGUGAAGCACGAAACAAACCCUUUUCGCAUCUAGGUUCGGUUUAGUUUCUUCCUCAAAUUUUUCACUGAAAGUUUCAAUUUUUAUGUUUUGAUUGCAUAGAAACCUCAAACCCUUUUGACAUUGAUAGGAAUCAGAUUUUAGGGUUUUGGGGUUUUGUUGAAACUAUAAAAAUCGAUGGCGAAUACUCGAAUCGAACCCGGUGUUCCCAUUACUCUACAAGAGCUUUAUCCUUCUUCUCAGUUUUACAAGGAAGCUGUUUCACUUAGAGUUACAGGAAUGUUGAGAGUGUAUUCAGUUGAAACAGCUAUAGGUGUUAUUGAAGAUGCAGGCAAAAGUCUUAAAAUCAAUACUCAGAACCUAAGAGAUGUUAGUUUCAGGGUUGGCUCAAUUUAUCAGUUUAUUGGAGAGCUUCACAUUGAACAACCCAAUAAUGAGGCGAUCUUGCAGGCUCGAACAGGAAGAAAUGUGGAUGGAAUCGAUAUGAACCUCUACCGUAAAACAGUUGAACUCCUAAGACAAUUUCUAAAAGAAGAAGGCAACAGCAAUAUGGUUGAAUGAGGCUAAUUAUCAGUUGCCAUACAAGUAACAUAACCCGCCCAUGAUUUUAUAUUUUGUUCAUUUUUAGAAUUGGUGGAAUUGUUUUGGUCUGCUUUUCCAUAUGAGCACUUUUCUGAAAUGAAUGUGUUUGAAUUUG